AUGAUAAUGUGUUUUGUCUCAUGUCACUUCCCGUAGUCAUUAGUCAAUACUUCCGGUCUUAAAAUCAAAAUGGCGGCCUCCCAGGAUGGCAACGAUUUGGUCGACAGUGAUUUGCCCGCUGCUGUAAAAUUGUUGAACACCCUCACAGAACAAGUUGUGUCAGUCACAAGUCAUGUCCAGAAUUUGAUCAAGAAAGUAAAGGACAAAGCAUAUCAAACGUCUAAGGGUUUGUCCUACCUCGACUUGAAGUACGAGUUACUGUUGUUCUACCUCCAAGAUGUAACACAUCUGAUCAGUGCUAAAUCGGAGGGAAAGAGCUUGAAAGAUAACGAUGCCAUCCAUAGACUUGUUACUAUUAGAACGAUUGUAGAGAAGAUGCGUCCACUGGAUCAGAAGUUGAAAUAUCAGAUUGAUAAAUUGGUCCGGACAGCUGUGACAGGAAGUCUUGCUAAAAAUGAUCCGCUGCAUUUUCGCCCUAAUCCUGACAAUCUUGUCAGCAAACUGGGUGAGUCUGAGGGCUCUGAUGAGGAUGGCGAUGAAACGAAGACUGGAGAUUCUGAGAAGGACGGCUCCUCUGCUAAGAAAUAUGUACCUCCCCGAAUUGCCCCUAUGCAUUAUGAUGGGGACCUGACCGAGGGGGACAAGCAGAAGGAACAGGUAGAAAAGCACAGACGUGCUGCUCUACGCAGCUCUGUGAUCCAGGAACUACGGCAGCAGUACAGCGACGCACCAGAGGAGAUCCGGGAUCGGCAAGACUUCCAGACCGAACGCGAAAGUCGGGAAGAGCAGCAACGGAAAAACUACGAGGAGACCAUGAUGGUUCGCCUCAGCAUGACCCGGGACCAGAAGGUCAAGAAGAGAGGACUGGUGGGAAUGACGUCGCAGCUGAGUAACAUCACACGCUUUGGUGACAUCACAGGACUGAUUGGCGGCGAGGGACAGGAUAUGGAAAAACCACACGCCAAAAAGAAGAAACUGAUGAAGAAGAAGACAAAAAGAAAGGCUUUCAAGAAGCAUCGAUAAAAAUGGCUGAUAAAGCCUACAGCUGAAGUUCCACUACAGACCAGCUCACUUAUUAUUUCCAGUUUACUGUAUAUAAAUAUUUCCACCUUCACUGUUGCCAUAUGGGUGAAUAAAUGUAUGUCCCAAAUUAA